AUGGCUCCUCCACCAUUACGUCCUGAGAAUGCUCUUAAAAGAGCUGAAGAAUUAAUUUCUGUUGGUGAAAGCCAAGCAGCUUUACAAUCUCUUUUCGAUUUCUUCACAGCUAGAAGAAUUCGUUUUGCUGAACCAGCAGCUGUAGAACCAAUUGUGUUCAGAUUUUUGGAACUUGGUGUCGAUCUAAAGAAAGGUAGAAUGAUCAAAGAUGCCCUUCACCAAUAUAAGAAAUUGGUUCAAGGUUCCCCAGAAGGUUUAGCAUCUGUGAGUGCUAUCUCCCGUAAAUUCAUUGAUGUUGUUGAAAAGAAGAUUGUCUCUGAACAAGCUAAGGAAGACCAAAAGACUGAUGAAGAAGAUGAUGAUUUGGAAGGUGGUAUUACCCCAGAAAAUUUGUUAAUCUCUGCUUAUGAAGAGGAUCAAUCUGUUGCUGGUUUCAAUGACGAAGCACUAACUUCAUGGAUGAGAUUUACAUGGGAAUCAUACCGUGCUGUCUUAGAUCUUUUGAGAAACAACUCUCAAUUAGAAAUUACAUAUUCUGGUGUUGUUAACAGAACCAUGAUGUUUUGUUUGAAAAACAACCGUAAGAAUGAGUUCAAAAGAUUAGCUGAUAUGUUACGUCAACAUUUGGACGCUGCUAAUUACCAACAAAGUAAGUCUGGUACAAACAUCGUCGAUCUAAGUGAUAAUGAAACUUUGCAACGUUAUUUAGAACAACGUUUCCAAUUGGUCAAUUGUUCUGUUAAGUUGGAACUAUGGCAUGAGGCCUUCAGAUCUAUUGAAGAUGUUUUCCAUUUGAUGAAGUUAUCAAAGAGUUCUCCAAAGUCCUCCACUUUGGCUAACUACUACCAAAACAUAGCUAAGGUUUUCCUUGUAUCUGGUGACUCCUUGCUACAUACUGUUGCUUGGAAGAAAUUCUACGAUCUAUAUUUGAGUAAUCCAAAAGCUACUGAAGAUGAUUUUAAGACUUACACUUCUACUAUCUUUUUAUCUGUUUUGGCCGCCAAGUUAGAUGAUUUACCAACUGUUGGUUAUGAUCGUCAAUUCCGUCUAUACCGUUUAUUGGGUCUAGAAGGUAAGCCAACCAGAAAGGAAGUUAUGGCCACACUUUUAGAAGAAGAUUUCUACAAGUAUGUUAACGACGACAUCAAGUCUCUAUACGCUGCUAUGGAAGUUGACUUUUCUGCCGAAGGUGUCAAAGCUCAACUUUCUGCUCUAUUGCCAAAAUUGAAUGCUUUACCAUAUUUUGCCCAAUACGUUGAAUCUAUCAGAGAUAUCAUUGUUAGAAGAUCUAUUGUUGAGGCCUCUACCAACAACAAUAGCAUUACGUUGACUGAUCUUUACAAAUUCGUUUCUUUACCAGAGCCAUUUAACAUGUCUGAAUGGAGCAUCGAAAGAGCUUUGUUAGAAGCUGCUGUGGAAGAUUAUGUUUCUUUCACCAUUGACCACGAGAGUAACACUGUUCAAUUUGUCAAGGAUCCAUUCACUGUUUUUGCCCAAAUCUCUGCUGAAGCUGAAACUACUGAAGAUGCUGAAGAAGAAGAAAACGAUGAAAUUCCAGAAGAAAUCGAAGGUGAGGAAGAAAUUGCAGAAGUUGAAGGUGAACAAGCUGAAGGUGAAGAAGGUGCCACUGGUGCUGCUGAACCCGAAGUCAUUGUCACUCGUAACUUCUACAUCCGUAACAGACUAUCUGAAUUAUCCAAGACCUUAAGUGAAGUGGAUACUUUUGCUGGUCUACCAUACGUUGCUAAAGUCAAGCUUGCUCGUGAAGCUUUGAUUGAACGUAACAAAGAAUCUAUUGAAAAGGCCAAGGCUGCUGCCGAAGAGCGUACAAAGAGACAUCAAGAAGCUAGAAGAAAAUACCAAGAAGAAAAUGCUUUACAUGCUGAAGCUGAUGCUGAAGUCAGACAAAAGCGUAACUUGGAAGAAAAGGCAUUGAUGGAAGCCAAGCUUGCUGAAGAUGCUCGUCAACGUUUAAUUGAAAAGAAGAGACGUGAAUUGAAUGCAUUGAAGGAGACUAUCACUGCCAAGGCCAUUGGUGAUAUUAACGCUAAGGGUAACGUGUACAUUGACCCAGCUUUAGCUAAGACCAUGGAACUAAAGGAUUUGAGAACCAUGAUUGUUUCUCUGUUGUCUAAGGAUCAAAUUGAAUUACAAGAGAAGGUUGACUAUGCUAGAAACAGAUUGGAUUACACUGAGAGAGCUUUAAGAAAAGUUGAAUUACCAAUCUUACAGAAGGAAGCUGAAGAAUAUAAGGCAGUCGAUAUGACUAAAUACGAAGCCAUGAAUGAAAAGAUCAUUGCUGCUGCUAAGACUGAACAUGAAGCUCGUCUAGAAGAUCAUGAACGUUUGACCAGUGUUUAUUCUGACUUCCAAAGUUUGAAAACCAAAUUGGAAUCUGCUCAUGAAGCAGAAUUUGGUGCUCAACGUGAUGCUCUAAGAGCUAAAUUCGAAGAAGCUAAGAAAGCUCGUAUUGCAGAAGUUCGUCAACAACGUUAUGAUGAACUAGUUGCCCAACGUAAGGCUGAGAUUGCAGCUGAAGAAAGAGCUGCCCGUGCACAAUCUGAUGAAGAGAUUAUGCGUAAGAGAAGAGAAAUGGAAGAUGCAGUUGCUAAGAAGAAUGCCUCAGUUGCUGCUGCUACCCCAUCUAUUGCCCCAUCUAUUGCCCCAUCUCAACCAAGAUCUUCACCAUUUGGAUCAAUGAACGAUUCCAAACGUGAAGAAAUUGCCCGUAGACAAAGAGAAAUGGAAGCUGCCCUUGAAGAAAGAAAAUCUCAACCAAAGGCUUCUCCAUUUGGAUCAAUGGAUGAUUCUAAACGUGAAGAAAUUGCUCGUAAACAAAGAGAAAUGGAAGCUGCAUUAGAACAAAAGAAUUCUUCACCUGCACCAAAGAAGGGUGCCUAUGUUCCACCAUCUAGAAGAAACAGAAAAUAA